AUGAGCGCAACUGCGAACGCGGCCAGCGGGUCAUCCCCAUCGAACGUUGCGAGCUACAAGAUUAUUGACAGCACGCUGCGAGAAGCCGACCAAUGGGCAACGAACCCCCUCUCCCGAGACACCAAAGUGGCCAUUGCGAAGGCCCUGGACUCGUUUGCCGUUGACUACAUUGAGAUCACGAGCCCCUCCUCAAGCGAACAAGCACUCGAGGACUCCAAGGCUAUCGCUGCCUUGGGCCUGAAGGUCGAGGCCGGUGUCGGAAGUGUUGGUCUUGUUGUUGGAGCAUCUAGCUUUUCCUCUGACGUCUCCCACGAGAAGAGCUUAGAAAAGAUCCAGGAAUCUGCUGUGGAAGUGAUAUCAUACCUGAAGAGCCAAAACGUGGAGACACAAUUCUCGUUCGAGGACACCUUCCGUUCCGAUCUUGUCGAUCUACUGAGCCUCUACCAGGCUGUUAAGGAGGCUGGAGCAGACCGGGUUGGAAUAAACGAUAUUAUUGGCGGAACUACCCCUCGUUUAGUAGACGAUAAUGUGCGAACACUUCGAGGUGUCAUAAAGGGCGAUAUCGAGUGCCGCUUCCACGACGAGACAGGUUGUGCCGUUGGAAAUGCGGUGACAGCCCUCGAGGCUGGAGCGACCCAUAUUGAUACCACCGUUCUGGGAAUUGGCGAGCGAAAUGGUCUCGUUCCCCUGGGAGCUUUUUCUGCCCGUAUGCUCGUCGCCGCACCAGAGUACACCAAGGGCAAGUACAACCUCAAGGAGCUCAAGGCACUUGAAACCGUCGUUUCCGAAGCGGUUAACAUCAAUGUUCCGUACAACAACCCAGUGACUGGAUUUUCCGCUUUCACUCACAAGGCAGGCAUCCAUGCCAAGGCUAUUCUCAACAACCCUUCAACCUACGAAGUCUUCGACCCAGCAGAGUACGGUAUCUCCCGCAAUGUGGCCAUUAACAGUCGUGUAACUGGUUGGAACGCCGUACGCAGCAGAGUCGACCAGCUUGGUUUGGUAAUGACUGAUGAUGAGGUCAAGGCAGUCACCGCCAAGAUCAAGCAAACAGCCGAUACGCGCCCUCUCACCAUUGAGGACACUGAUAACAUUCUUCACGCAUUCCACGCUGAGCUUCAGAAAGCUUGA